CUCUCCCAUGGCGCCCCAAACCGUGGCCAGCCUUGCAGAAAAAUUUCAUGCGUUCCAAGACAAAGUUUCUGACGAUAUCACUGGCAUAGAAACCCAACUCUCCAAACUCAGCGUUGACCUCAAAGACGAGUUGGUACAGGCUCCCACACAUCGUGCAAAGACGGACUUGGCCAUCACCAAACUCCAAGACUCCGUUCAGUUGCUUAUCAAUCACUUUCGGGCUGGACAUGCUGAACCUUCUUCUACCUCCGCAUUGCUCUCAAGUUCCUCUACGCCAACACCAAAAAGUGGCCUUCUGCCCAAUCCACCCGUGGAUCAAAAACUCAAGGCCGUGCCAUACGGCAUGCCUCAUAGCUCCACUGGGCUCUCGCUAUAUCAAUUUGGACAGCCGCCUGUGACUCUAUGGGACGAGAUGAAAUUAAAGCUUCGCGAACAAUAUCUUCCCACCUUUUAUCGCCAUCAAUUGUAUGAUCAAUUAUGGACCCUUUCACAAGGAAGUUUGACUGUUACUGAAUUCCACGCUCGUUUUAUUGAACACAAGAUACGUGCAGGGAUUCGUGAAGAACCCGACAUCACUAUGUCUCGCUUUAUCCAUGGUCUUCGUGACGAUAUCAAGCGUGAAGUUCGUCGAUUCCGUCCGCAUAUCUUGGAAGAUGCAUAUUGCCAUGCACUGGAAGUUGAAACUUUUUUGGGCCCACAACGUAGAUAUACUGGGUAUUCCGGGCUCUCUUCCAUUCCUACUCCAAAUCGUAGUACUCCUAGCUCCACAUAUGGCGUUGCCGGUCCACCUGCUCCUACGGUACCCACAAUAGAAAAAGGACCAGCCCCAUACACAGCUGCUCACAUCGAAUGCUAUCGUUGCCAUGCUAAGGGUCACAUCGCCUCCCGUUGUCCACACCGAACUUUAACCAUUAGCUCCCUCAAUGAGGACUCUUGUGUGGACGUGUAUGUGGAGCCCCUUGAACCUAUUUAUGAUCCAGAACUUGAUAAUUGCUGUGAGGAGGUGUUUCACCAAGUGAGUGUCAUGCGUUGUAUUUAUUCAACAUCUACACCUCCACCUCCUGAUUCAUGGAAACGCACAAGUAUUUUUCAAACCUAUGUCCCUUGCGGUACCAAUAGAUGCCAACUAGUUAUUGAUGGGGGAAGUACACUGAAUGUUAUCUCUAAAGCUGCUGUCGAUCGCCUUCACCUUCAGGCCGAGCCCCAUCCCCAUCCUUUUCAUGUUUGCUGGGUAGAUAACACCAAGUUACCUGUUACCGAAAGAUGUCUUGUUCCUCUUCAAUUGGGUCCCUGUCAUGAGCGACUUUAUUGUGAUAUCCUACCCAUGAGUGUCGCACAUGUGCUACUAGGCCGACCAUGGCUUUACGACCACUGUGUGAGAAGUUGCGGUAGAGAGAACACAUAUACUUUUCAACAUGAGGGAAAGAACAUAACGCUAACACCUUCCAAUCCUGCCGUCAAACCAACUAAGGAUGUUCAACCAACUCUGUUACUUAGAGAGAAGGCUUCGGAGCAUCGAUUGAGUAGUUUAUCAUCUAUAGACUUUGCACACGACUUGCAAGACACUGGUGUGUCCUUUGCUCUAUUGCUUAAAUCGGAAUCUGACAGCAACCCCACACCACUUGCCAAACCCAUACAUCAGUUCCUCCCUGAAUUCUCUAAUAUCAUACCUGAUGACUUACCAGAUGAACUACCUCCAACAAGAGAGAUUCAGCUUGCCAUUGACCUUAUUCCUGGUUUCAUUCCUCCUCCGAUGCUGCGUAGUCCCUCUCCUAGUUCUGACCCUACAUAUCAAAUUGAGGACAUCUCAGAUCAUGAAGUUUUGGCCUCGUCUCCUGGAGAUUCUACCCGCUCUCUGGUUCAUUGGGUUGGAAGGCUUGCUACUGCGAAUACUUGGAUUACAGAAGUUGAAUUUCGCCAGUUGGAUUCCACUCUUCUACACAAUUAUCAGGAUUCUCUUCAUGGUCUUGAUUUGGCUGCCUCCCGUCCUCCCAUCAUCCAUACUUACAAACAUCGUCGUCAUCCUUAA